AUGGCGAUGGUGGUGAUGGCAAUGGCGGUGGCGAUGGUGGUUUGUGGGGGAGGUAGUGGUGGAGGAGGUGUUGGUGUUGGUGGUGGUGGUGGUGGAGGUGGUAGUGGCAAUGGCAGUGAUGAUGUUGGCAGUGGUUAUGGUGGUAGUGACGGUGGGGCUGAUAGUGGGGGUGGUAGUGGUGGUGGAGGUAAGGGUAAGGGUAGUGGUGGAGGUGGUGGCGAUGGCAAUGAUGGUGAUGGUGUUGGUGGUAAUGGUGGUGACGAUGGGGAUAGUGGGGGUGGCUGUGGGUGGUGGUGGUGCUAA